UGGAGAGCACACCAGACUAGACCUUAGAAUCCACCACUACCCGUGGGAAAUUUUUGCAGGCUUCGCCUUCGGUGGAGGAAACGAAAGGAGGGGCUUUCGGGAGCGAGCGAACGCGACGCGACGGCCUCGGGAGCAACCGCAACAAAACGGCCAGUAAAGCUAAGAGGAGCAAUGGAGGACAUGGAUUACAAAGGGAGCGUCCUUCGGAUUAAGAAGUGUGCAUGUGAUCUCCUUUCACUGGAGGAGGAUAUGGUAGACGAUAGUGAGGAUUCAUGGGAGCUGAUGGGAAGGGAUCUCCGCCUCAAGUCGACCUUCUUGUACUGUGAUCUGAACCAUGUUAUCUCAAGUGCUCGUGAUGAGCACAAGAAGACCCUCACUGACCUUGCCAAUAAGUUGUUUGACUUCAUGGAAGAGCUGGAUCAGGCUGUGAAGAGCAGAAGCAUCCCUCUUACACAGGUCCGUUACAAUGAUGCAGCUCUUGCGUUGCAGGAAGUGGUCAUGUCACUUCAUUAGAUCCAAAGUGGACUCUAGUAACACAACGAGGAAAUGAAGAAGAAAAAUAUCUCCCAACCAGUUUCCAUUUUCUUUCUUGAUCUCUUUUUUGAGUAGAAAAAUGAAAAAAAAAGGAAAAAAAGGCAUGCCUUCAGUGGCGAUAUCUUUAUGUAAAUAGUGACUGCAUUCAGGAAAGCAAAGCAGAAUGUGGAUAUUGCUGUCUGAAAGCUUUGUUUC